AUGAGCAUCCCGGAGAAAGAGAUAGCCCACGAGUCAAAAUCGGGCGACACUUCUCCAUCGCGACCGCAUUCAGAUGUCGAGAUUGGUACCGUCGAGGAGCCAUCCAACAACGGCGAUGAGGCGCUCAAAUUUCUCAAGAAUGCACACAAUGUCGGUGCUCUUACGCCAGAGGAUGAGCGAAGACUGGUUCGGAAAAUUGAUUGGAUGAUCAUGCCAUUGAUGUGGUGUUGUUACUGCUUGCAGUAUCUGGACAAGACACUAGUGAAUUACGCGGCUGUGAUGGGUCUCUACGAGGACGCGAACAUCAACACGGCACAAUUCUCCAACCUCGCUCUCUUCUUUUACGUAUCUUACCUCGCGCUCGAGUUCCCUCAUGGCUACGGCAUGCAGCGUCUGCCUACUGCAAAGUACCUCGGUGCAGCCGUCAUCCUCUGGGGUCUCGUCACGGCACUCACAUGUGUGUGCAAGAACUACGGCGCUCUAGUCGCUACACGCGUCCUGUUAGGUUGCUUCGAGUCGGCCGUCGCGCCCAGCUUGAUCCUGAUAACUUCGAUGUGGUAUAAGAAGAAAGAACAACCGCUGCGAACCGGUAUCUGGUAUCUGGGAGUCGAGAAGGUAUGGGCAAUCGAACGUCUACGCGAGAACCAGACUGGCAUCGAGAACACGCAUUUCAAAUUUCACCAAGUGCUUGACUGCUUCAAAGAUCCGCAGACGUGGAUGUUAUCGAUCAUCACCAUAUCAUCCAAUGUACCCAAUGGUGCAGUGUCUUCCUACCAGGCCACGCUCAUCAAGUCAUUUGGCUUCAGCUCUAAGACUACAGCUUUGCUACAGCUACCUUCGGGCGCCGUCAGCGUCAUCUCAAUCCUCAUCGCUACAUAUCUCGCCGGCCGUUUCAACCAACGCGCACUGAACGUCGUCUCCUUGCUCAUACCUGGAGCGCUGGGAGGCUGCCUCAUGGCUUUCCUCCCUGGCGAAUCCAGAGUGGGAAAGCUCAUCGGGAAUUAUCUUACCAACUGUAUUGGCUCCAGCUUACCGCUCCUCUACUCCUGGGUGUCUGCGAACAUUGCCGGUCACACGAAGAAAGUAACUAUGAACGCUAUUUUGCUCAUGUCUUUUUGUCUGGGAAACAUUAUCGGACCGUUGACAUUCCGCCAAGGCGAUGGGCCGGAUUUCAUACCAGCCAAAGUCACCAUUGUAGUGACUUGCGCAUUCGCGGCUGCUAUGGCGCUCGUGUUGAGAGCCUACUACAUGUGGGAGAAUAAGAAGAGGGAUCGAGAGGAUGAUGGGACGCAUCUUGAGAAUGAGGAAUUCCUUGACUUGACAGAUCGCGAGAAUAGGCGGUUUAGAUAUAGGUUGUAG